AUGGCCAAUGUCACCCUGGUGACAAGAUUUCUUCUUGUAGGAUUUUCUGACAUCCAAGAGCUUCAGAUAUUAUAUGGUGUGCUCUUCCUAGUGAUUUACCUGGCUGUCCUGAUGAGUAACCUUCUCUUCAUCACUCUCAUUACCUUAGACCAGCAGCUACAAACACCAAUGUACUUUUUCCUGAAUAAUUUUUCAUUCUUGGAUGUCUUCCUUGUGUCUGUGCCACUCCCCAAAUUCAUCGUCAACAGCCUAACUUACAGCAAUUUGAUCUCCAUGUUAGGGUGUGUCUUCCAACUACUUUUAAUGACUUCCUUCUUAGCAGGUGAGGUAUUUGUCCUCACUGACAUGUCAUAUGAUCGCUAUGUAGCCAUAUGCUGUCCCCUGAAGUAUGAGGUCAUCAUGAACGCUGGUACCUGUGCACUCAUGGCAGGUGUUUCCUGGGCCAUUGGAGGAUAUUUCGGAGCUGUGUAUACUCCUGGCACGUUUUGCAUGCCAUUCUGUGACUCCAAUGUGAUCCCUCAGUUUUUCCGUGAUGUUUCCUCAUCGCUGAGGAUUUCCUGUUCUGAAACACUUCUGGUAGUGUAUACAAGUAUUGGGAUAGGUAUGUGUUAAUGUAUGUCAUGUUUCAUCUGCAUUGUGAUCUCCUAUGUUUAUAUUUUCUCCACUGUACUGAAGAUUCCUUCCACAAAAGGUCAGUCAAAAGCUUUCUCCACAUGCUUUCCCCAUCUUGUUGUUUUUACUCUUUUUAUUAUAACUGCUUGUUUUGUUUAUCUCAAACAAACCUCAAAUCCACCCUCAGUUAUUGACAGGUUGCUUUCUGUGAUUUACACUGUUAUACCUCCAAUACUCAACCCUAUAAUCUACAGCCUGAGGAAAAAGGACAUGAAAUGGGCUCUUAUGAGAUUGUUGCAGCAAACACUUGGCCAAACGUCUCACUUCUUUUAA